AUUUUCGCGUGAAACUUGGAGCGUGUGGGCCUGGGACGGGUUGGUCCAAUACAGCUCAUUAAUUCAUUCAAAAAUAGAUCUUAUUAAAAUCAACACAGGAACAAAUAAGCUUUGGUUUCGGUUUCUAAACUUUUGUAUUCGGCACGUAAUGCUGAAGUUUAUGUGUUCCUGUGUGGAUUCUAAUGAAACGCCGGUCUUUAAAACUACAGAUCCUUGCACUGCAGAAUAAUGGCAUUAACAAACUUGACUGCUGGGGAAAAGCAAAUUGAAACGUUUCGACAACUUCGAUGUUCGGCCGCCUGGGCAGGUGGAAUACAUGAACAUUUCAAAUAUCUUUCAGCGUUCAAUAUUUUUCUGUCCAUUACUGCAGCUCUUGGUAAUACUCUGAUCCUCGUUGCCCUUCGCAAGGUAUCGUGCCUUCAUCCGUCAUCCAAACUCCUGUUUAGAUGUCUGGCCACAACUGAUCUCUGCGUUGGUCUUAUUACAGAGCCACUCAGUGUUAUCUAUUCGAUGUCUGUGGCUCAAGAGAAAUGGAAACUUUGUCGCUACACACUUUCCUCGUUAGUUAUUACAGGCUAUACUUUGUGUUCAGUAUCUUUGCUGACGAUGACCGCAAUAAGUGUGGACAGACUUCUCGCCCUGUUGUUAGGGCUGAGAUACAGACAAAUUGUAACUGAAAGGCGUACAUAUGUGAUUGUAGUAAUCUUUUGGAUUAUGUCCGCUGUUGCUUCAAUAUUUUAUCUUUUAAAUCCGCUAAUUCCCACCUGGUACGGACGUUUAGUUAUUCCUUUAUGUCUAGUAACCUCAAUCGCCUCGUACGCAAAGAUUUUCUUAAACCUUCGUCAUCAUCAAACUCAAGUACAGAGCCAUUUCCAACAAGAACAGCCAGGCCAAAUAAAUCCACUGAACAUAGAGCGAUACAGAAAGGCAGUGUCCAGUGCACUGUGGGUGCAGUGUACAUUAGUUGCUUGUUAUUUGCCAUUUAGUAUAGUGCGAGCUUUAGUACGCUAUAGAAAGACAACCUCAUGGAGUGUUCUUAUUUUUGAACUUGCAACAACUUUAGUUUACUUGAACUCAUCGUUAAACCCGAUUCUUUACUGCUGGAAGAUCAGCGAAGUGAAACAAGCAGUAAAGGAGACAAUCAGAGAAGCGCUUUGCUGUUUUUAGAGUUAGUUCAAUCUUUGCUGAGUUAUCUAACACAUGUACUUUUCUUGACAACGUUAAAGCUUCAAAUAUUGCUGAAUUAAUAGUAUUUUUUGCAUGCCUUCUCAACCCAAAUUUAAGCUGUAAUAAAUUGCAUUGUACUGAGGGGCUCAUUUUAUUAGAAAUUUAUGGUAAAAGAUGAAAGUGUAGGGCUUUUUAUUGUACACUGUUAGUAGUUCAGUUUUUUAAGCACCGCUUUGCUUGUUAAUAAAUUAUGAAUUAUCCGAGAUGGACACUUCAUUAUCUUAACAUUAAGUAGUAACUACAGAGUAACCGUUAGCCUGCGAACAGGCUCCCAGCGAGGACGGGAAAAAAAUUCGGCGAGCAAAGCGAGCGGACGAGCACGAAACUGAAGAGUUCGGAAAGCAAAGCAAUCGCCUCGUUCGGGCUCGACGGAAACCUGAUCGCAGGCUAAAUAACCGUUGACUACCGCUUGAAAUAUAGGUUCAAGGAAAAGGACAGAAUAACGACCGUCAAUUUUAAACCGGCCCAUCAUUUAUAAUCUUAAUAAUUUUUUUGUCUCUGUGCGUUCGAAGUGGUAGGUAAACAGUCAUCUUUUAAUAAGAAGUUCAGUUUAUAUUUAUGAUUCGUACAAAAUUGUCAGUAGAUAACUUUAAAUUUUAGUCUCGAGACAAGUUGUUUUUCUCGCUAUUCAGUUUGUUAAUUAGAAACCGAUUUAACAAUUUUCUAAUUUCUCUUCUGAGAAUAAGUGAAAAGUUUACUCUAGCCAAGAUAAAUAAUUUAAACCUUCAAGUUCUGGAAACAGGCUUCAAGUCAAUUUAUCACCUGCUGGAACACGUCCAGAGCGUUGUUUACUCUAAUUGACAGAACCUUCUUUCGAUGUUGAUCAUGAAGUAUAAGAUAUCGUGCAUGCUUCCUCUUUUAUCAAAUAGAAAAAGCUGUCUUAGCAGCUUUUAGACGGCAAGCUCGAGGUUCCUAUCGGCUGAUAGCAAUGAAGAGCGAACCCGCCUCUAACCGUUUAAGGAACCCAGUGACCGAUCUGUCAAUGAACAAAACGGAUAUUUCCAUGUUAGAAUUUUCCCGAAAAUGGACAGUUGGUUCCAUUUUCAAAGCACUCUCAUGCGUAGCCAAUCAGAUUGCGCAUUUACCUGAGAGUGGGUCAGUGGGUACGUUUAUGUUAAUAUUAUUUCUACAACGUCCUUAUGUGGUUGAAAUGCAGUUUAGAAACCCUUCCCGGUAAAUAGCGAUUCGAAAGAGAUUAUCGAUUUUGUCAAAUCAGAUUAUAGUUCGCUUGGUCAAACUUCAUCCUGGAAGGCAAACACGCAGUCCUAAUUUUUUCCCUGGCGAAGAAGACAGCUCAAAUCUUCUUUACUACAAUUCAAAAUUAAUUUAGCUAAUAAUGAUAUACUUGUAGUUGAUAUUGGUAAGUUCACCUAGAAAUUAACUGCGGUGGCGCAUUUGAAAACCUGACGUUUCUAGGGUUAUUAUUAUUGUUACUGUCUACAUCAUAUGGCAACUCUCACCGUUAGCGCACGCAAGCCUUCGCACGAAAAACUGACAGUGUUUACUCGAAAUAAAUUAACCUUCGUGUUUGCACGUACCACAAUGUCAAUCAGCAGAUGGCAGACUGCAAGAGAUUGUGAGGCUUUUUCGAUAUUCUGAUUGGUUGCUGAGAAAAUCUAUUUUGAACCGGACGAAUAGUAUAUUUACCAAUCUUUGUCCCAUCAGAAGACAUAAGAGAAAACGUAUUUUGAAAUAUCCAAAAGGCUCACAUGCUUUGAGUCUUUGAUAAUCAAGAAAAAUUUUGGUUAAAUUUUGUGAGAAUCCGUCAAAUCUUUGUACCCUAUAUUUUCGCUUGAAACAAGGAAAUCCGAGCAAACUUAAAGCCGAGUUUUCGGCUCCUAAAGUAAAGUACAGAUUGCAGUGUAUAAAUGAUGUAAAAUAAG